AUGAACCUCUUCUUGCUCCUUUUUACCUGUCAGACCACCUCCAGACAUGAGGCGCAUAUACGCUUCACUCCCCUACCUACUGCUCACGUCAUGGCCGUUACGCUCUCCUCCGUGCCCGUAGACGCCUGUUACGCUGUGGCGUGUGGAACCUGCGGAAAGACGACUUGGAAGGGGUGUGGACAGCAUGUUGAUUCGGUUAUGAAGGACGUCAAGGAUGAAGACAAGUGCAAGUGCCCUCGCGCUUAA